AUUAAGACAGGAAAUUUGCGACGGUGGUAGCAGCGGCGAAGAUGACGAUUGACGACGAGAGCUCGAUUUACGUUGGAGGCCUCCCCUACAGUGCCACCGAAGAAACUCUCCGGCAAGUCUUCAAUAUAUACGGUUCAGUCGUCGACGUCAAGAUAAUUAAUGACCAUAAUGUUAGGGGAAAAUGUUAUGGAUUCGUCACCUUCGGAAAUCCUCGAUCUGCCCAACAGGCUAUCAAUGAUAUGGAUGGAAAGACCAUUGAUGGAAGGUCUGUAAGAGUAAAUGAAGUCAAGACCAGAGGUGGCAGGCCAAAUUUUGGUCCUCAGAGUUUUCAUCAUCACACUAAGAGAGGGUUGGAUAGUGAUAAAGACGGCUGGGACAUAGAAGGUGAUUAUGAUUAUGAUAGACUUAGGGAUGGACAUAAGGAUCGGUCUCGAGACCGCACUCAUAACAAUAGAGGAUACCAACGAAUACAUAAUCAGGACCGAGAAAGAGAUUAUAAUGUGGAUAGAGAUAGAUCUCAAGACUACAGAAGAGACAUGGUGGAUUUUCAACGAGAAUAUCAAAGUAAUCAUGGUGACAGUUCUGAAAGAUACAGAGAUCAACGUAGAAAGAGGCAAAAGUAUGAUGAUAAUCAUGAAAACAGAGACAGGGAUCUAAUUUCGAAGUUACCUAAUGGGUCUAAUUUAGGUCACCGCAAUAAUAGAGAUCAGUCGGCUGAAUCAAGUGAAAAUAAUCAUGAUCAGGCUGAAAAACAACUGGAGGUUUCAAAUAGAAUGCUUGAAGAACUUCAACAUGAGGUACCUCAGAUAGAGGAAAGGGUGCAGGAAAAGAUGAAGCUGGUAUCGGAGUUACAGGAAAAACUCCAGAAACUAGAGGAUUCACUUAAGGCUGUAAAGAAGCUUAGGUCACAGAGACAGCUGCAAAUGUCUAAGUUGUACAAAAGUUAUCUCCAUGUAAGAGACAGUGGUGAAAGACUUAAAGCUUCUGAACAGGAGCUGCAGUCACUGGUCCACUCAACAAUGCUGGAAAUGGACUGUGACGAUGGUCUGGGUAUGAAGGAUGUAUCCUGAGGAUUGGUGAUCCCUGAGGGGUCUGAGAAUUCAAAUUGCUUGACGUUUGUUUGCAACUCUCUAGCCCUCAUGUUCCAUGGAAACUGCAUGACUUCUUGUAUAUGCAUGUCUCUGAAUAUGACCAAGGUAAUCCUUUUUUUUUUUGUCGGCUUUUGUAAUAUCAAAACUUUUAGUUAGUCUGUAAGACUGUAAUGCUAUUUGCUACAUAUACAUAAUCACUGAAUGGAUCAACGAUGUAUGCAGUUGUACGUGCAGAACGAUUAACAUGAAAAGUGUUGUUUUACCUGUAUAUCAUGUUACAAGCCUUUUAGUCCUGGCAUUUUUUGUUA